UUUUACCUCACAUUCAGUCGCUCAGUUUCUACAUUAAAUUCUCCUUUGUUCAAUAUAACCGGUUAGUCAUUUCAGUCGAUUUCCCGGUAUGAUAAACGCCACAGAAUAACUGUUGAAAUAAAGUAUUCCCCAUUUUGGUAUUAGUAAAUUUUCAUUGGAAUGAGUACGAUUACAUCAGUUCAACAUUACGGAGUCAGAAUAAUGGAGGAUGUUGAACUAAAAAGAAGUUACUCGGCAAUUGUGACGCCAACAAAUGGACAAAAAUUCAAAUUUCCUCCUGAUAUCUGUGCAAGUGUUGAUCGCUUACGUGAUAUUACAAACUUUCACAAUAUACUACCCUCGCGUCGAAGUUUCACCCCAACAAGGAACGCAUUCUACAUGCACUCACCGGAUAUUUCCCCAAUCGAAUUCAAUGCCCCGAAAGAGUACAAUUUCAAAAGGGCGCCACCUGAAGCAGUGCAAAAAGCCUGUGCCGAUAGUACAAUUUUUGACCCAAAUGAUACCGUGGUGGACGUGGAUUUUACAUUAAUGCCGCCGCCAAUUCUCAGGCCUCCCCGACCAAGUCAUGAGGGCCUGGAAGCGCAUAUUCGGCAACGCAGGCUCGACCAUUUUUUACCCCCUGAUUACAUUAAUCUACAUCCAGUUCUCAGAGCACAAAGAGGAUUGAAGCCGAAGAAGUUGAAAUCUGUUCGCUUCAAGGAUGACGUUAUGAAUGCACCCGUCUCGUUAGCCUCCUUGCUGAAAGACACUGGACUUAAUGGUUACAUUGAAAAAUUUGAAAGAGAAGAGAUCGAUUUGGAAGUGUUGUUCACUAUGACGGAUGAUGACCUAAAACGUAUUGGAAUUGAAAGUGAAGUCGACCGCGACACUAUACUAAAAUUUAAAAAUAUUUUCUUUGUUUAAAAUUAUGUAAUCACUAAUUUAUGUAUUAUUUAAUUAUUUUUUGUAAUAGGCUUUGAAAGCAUUUUAUCAAUAAAACUCUGAUACUCAUUAAAUUUAA